UUGAACGCGAAAGCGAUGACAAAAACAUAAACAAACAGCAGUAAAAAAAAAAAAUAUAAUAAUUAUUUUCGGCAAAAUUUGUUCAAUUUUAAGGUGAAAAGGUAGAUUUUCAACUUGAAUAAUGCUCUCUCAAUAUGUGGAAGAACUGGAACAGGACCCCUUCGAGGUGGAGGAGUUCAUCGAGCGGCUCUGCUGGCGCACCAACAACGAGAUCGGCUCCGACCAGUUCGAUCCGGACCUGCUGCACGAGACGUUCGUGGAGACGAUCAAGGACUUGAGGAUCCUUCAGGAACGGCAGCAGCGGAAGUGCGAUAAGCUGGAGGAUGCACUAAAGGAGGAGCAGAAGGUGUUUGUGAAGGCGGUGGAUAAGUUCGUGGGGAAACACCAGGUUUCGGUGGAUUAUUUUCACCAGCUGGACGAGAAGAUCAACUCGGUGGCGGGGAAGGUGAUCCACCUGGGGGAGCAGCUGGAGAAUGUGAACAUUCCGAGGAGCAGAGCGGUGGAGGCCCAGCUGCUGUUGAGUCAUAUGGGGGACUUUUUGACGCCGGGACCGAUCGUGAACGACGUUUAUAGCGAUAAGGCGAGGCUUUUCGAGGCCGCGGAUAUAAUCCAAAAGUUGUACAUGAUUUCGCAGGAUUUACCAGCGAGUCGGUUUGCCAAUGCUAAGAAGAAGAUCGAGGGAAAGUACGACGAGAUCGAGAUGCAGUUGAUCGAGGAAUUUGCCACGGCACAGAAGAUGGAGAACAUCGACAGGAUGAAGGAGAUUUCAACGAUCUUGUCGCAGUUCAAGGGAUACUCGCAGGUGAUCGACGUCUUCAUCGAGCAGAGCCAGGCGGUGACGUACGGAGGACGGGACGUGUUCGACGGGAUCGUUCCGUUGUGCCACAAGAACUACAAGAUCAUCAAGCAGGUUUUCAACGCUCCGGAUCAGGUGAUGAGCAAGUUCAUCCUGAACAUCUACCAGUUAAAGAUCAACCAGUUUGUCCAGACGAAGCUGGACGACCGGAAAGACGAAGGAAAGUAUCUGAAGACUUUGUACGAACUGUACUCGAGGACGCUUAAGCUGUCCAACGAGUUGCAGGAGUUCAUGAAGGAUUCGGAUGACGAUCUACUCCAGAAGCUGACGGCCAACAUUUUCUCGUCGCAUCUGGGAUCGUACAUUGAGGUGGAAAGCCGAAGUUUGGAAGCGAGAUGUCAGCUGGAGUUGAGGAAAUUUUACGAGAACAAAAACCAUCAGAAAAAGCAAGUCGAGCGGUUCCAUGAACUGCGUCGCGACAUGCAGGCGUUGAUAGGAGCUCGUGCGAACAUUAACAUUGCCCAGAUUGAGGACUACGGAGGCGAGACAUUCCUCUCUGAAGAACUGGCCAUCAAUCUCCUACAGCAGUCGUCAUGCGCCCUGGAGAGAUGUUGUCUACUCUCCAAGGAAGUGGAUCUUCCACGAAACAUCCUCAAACUGGCGGACAUCCUACUGAGAUUCCUUCUUCACGAACACGUCGACUACGCCCUAGAUCUGGGACUGCAGGCCAUCCCGAUCGCCGAGUGUAAGUCGAUGCCGCAGAUCUACUUCUUCGACGUCGCCCAAAAGUGCAACACCAUCGUGCAUCUGCUGGAAAAGACCUACAAUGCCAGUGUAAUUCCCAAUGUCCUUUCAACGGCCCAGUAUACCGAUUGCAUGCAAAAGAAGCGCUUCUAUUUGGAAUCCAUCGAAAGCAAGAUCGAAACCGGUCUGGAACGCACCUUGAAUGCGAUCUUCGGCUGGGUCAAAACCUAUCUCCAGAACGAACAGAAGAAAACGGACUUCAAGCCGGAUUCGGACGUGGACACGGUGGCAUCCAAUGCGUGCCUGUCCGUCGUCCAGUACAUCAACCCUUUGAUCAAUCUGGUUCAGCGAACGAUCGACGGCGAAAACCUCUCGGCCGUCAUGACGGAAUUCGGCGUUCGCUACCACCGAGUGAUCUACGAACAUCUCCAGCAGUUCCAGUACAAUACGGCAGGGGCGAUGUGCGCCAUCUGCGACGUGAACGAGUACCGUAAGAGUGCACGUCCUCUACAAUCACCUCUCGUAACCCAGCUGUUCGAUGUCCUCCACGCACUGUGCAAUCUGCUGUUGGUCAAGGUGGAAAACUUGCAGGAGGUUUGCGGUGGCGAAACGCUCAACUAUCUGGACAAGUCGGUGGUGAUGAACUUUAUACAGCUGCGCAGUGAUUACAAGUCGAUCAAGAUCUCCAAUUCGCUGAAGGGGAUCUCCGAUCAGCGGCAUGUUUAAGCAGAUGAGCACCAGUGGGUAAGUGAUGCAUAUUUAAUAAUCUAUUAAUAUUAUUAACAACAUCAAGGUUAUAUAAUAUAUAUUCAAAGUACAUGUUUAUUAGAACAUUAAACAAAAUAGUUGUAUUCGAUUAAAA